CGUGCGGGGCGGGCCCCGCCAGCAGCCCCGCCCCCGCCCGCCCCGGUGCCGCCGGUGCCGCCGCCGCGGAGCGCAGCGCAGCGCAGCCCGGCGUGGAGCCGGCGGGGCGCGCCGAGGAUGGGCAGGGGGGCCCCGGCGGCAGCCGCCCCCCAGGAGAUGAAUUAAAAUGCAGCACACCACGUGCACAGAGGACAGGAUUUACCACGCACUGGAAAGAUGUCUGCAUGGGCUUAGCAGAGAUGCUGUCUCCAGCAGAUGGGCUGCUGGGCUGUGCCUGAACUGCUGGAGCCUGCAGGAGCUGGUGAGCCGAGAUGCUGGCAACUACCUCAUCCUUGUGGAGAAGAUCCUCGGCAAGGCCAAAGAGGUGCAGGAGAAGUGCGACUACGAUCUCGUAACUCCCCUGGCUCUGCUCUUCUACUAUGCGGUCCUGUAUGCUCCCCACUUCCCACCGGGCUGUGACCUGCUCCUGAAAGCCGCCAGUGUCUACCACAGCUUCCUGACCUGGCCUGUGCCUUACUGCGACAUCUUCCGCGAGCUGCUCACCUUCAUCAGCAACGAGCUCAAGGCUCCCGGGAUCUCUUUCCAGAGGCUGGUGAGGACAGAGCAGGGGCUGCCUGUGAAGAACUACCAGAGCUCCACCGUGACCGUGCUGCUGCUCAACCGCUCCGAGGUGCGGAGCGAGUUCCUCUCCAUCGCCGAGAAGCUGAGCAGCAGCGAGCAGCCGCAGCACGCCACGCUCGUCGUGCUCCUUGAGCAUCUCUACCAGGCCAACUUCGGUACCCACUGCGACCUGGACAGCCUGCAUCACCUCCUGAAGUCCAAGACACUGGAAGAGCUCUCAGAGAUCUAUGCCAGCGCCGCUGACGCGCAGGAGAUUGCAGCCACCAGCAGCGACCCUGUCCUGGCCCGGGAGCGGCUGCAGUCUGCGCUGCGGGAUAUUGCCGGGGCCGCAUCCUUUCCUGUCAUCACGGGUGAGGCUCAGCCCCGCAAGCUCCACACCAUCCCCAUCCCUGCCGCUCGCUGCUACACUUACAGCUGGGAUCAGGAUAACUUUGAUAUCCUCAACGAUGUCCUCAGCAAAGAGUGCAGUGUUGUUGAGCCCAUGGCCUCUGAGAACGAGGAGGAUGAAGAGGAGGAGGAGGAGGAGGUAGAAACCGAUGGCUGUUCCCCCGAGCGGGACUCGCUGCUUUCCCCCAUCUGCACCAUUUCCAAAGACUCUGUGUACUCAGUGCUGUCGGAGGAGGGAUCUAAGCCCUCGCGAGUGUCCCUCUUCACCACCUCCAAGGACUCCAUCUCAGAGCUGACGGUGGUCUCCAGAAAGUCCCUGAAGUCAUUUGUCUCCAGUCUGAAGGACUGCAUGGACAGCGGGUACGCGGAGGACAGCGACGAGAGCUCCCUGGACAUGGUGGGGCGGCCGGAGCUGAAGGUGGAGAAGACCCACCACAAAUACAGACAGACGCUGACCAACAAGAUCUACAAACUGUUCAAGAGCAAAAGCCAGCUGGUCUUGAGGAGGGACCUGAAGGACUGCCCAGACAUGGGCUCGCUCUCGCUGCCCCUGCGCCGGGCUGAGAGCCUGUGCACGCCCCAGGCCAAGCACCGCAUCCCGGCACGCUCCCGGCGUGCCCACUCGCUGCCGCAGCACGUCCUGAGCCAGCGGCUGCCGGCCCCGCUCGCCCCGCGGUGCCUCAGCCUCCACCGGCGGCCCUUCCUCAGCUACGAUGAGGAUGCCAAGGUGUCCACGUUGCGUGUUGUGGUCUUCGGCUCCGACCGCAUCUCGGGGAAAGUGGCCCGAGCCUACAGCAACCUCAGGCUCAAGGAGAGCACCUGCCCCUCACUGACAAGGUACUUCAAACUGCAAUUUUUCUACGUCCCCGUGAAGAGGAGCUGCUUGGCUCCAUCAACCCCGCUGAUGCAUCCCUCCCCAUCCCUGGGGGACCCACAGCUCCGCUCUUCGGCACAGGUGGAUCACAGCUUGGCUGGGAUGGAGAGCAGCACCAAUGACAUCUCCCACUACAUCGGUAUGCUGGACCCAUGGUACGAGCGCAAUGUUCUUGGGCUGAUGAACCUGCCCAUGGAUGUGCUGUGUCAGUCUGCCAAGCUGGAGGCUGAGCCCCAGGAGGACUCCCAGGAGCAGCUGCCCAUCCUGGCAGACAUGAUCCUCUACUACUGCCGCUUCGCCACCCGCCCUGUCCUGCUGCAGCUCUACCAGACGGAGCUCACCUUCAUUGGGGGAGAAAAGAUGACUGAAGUCUUCAUCCAUUCCCUCGAGCUGGGCCACUCGGCAGCCACGCGGGCCAUCAAGGCGUCAGGUCCAGGCAGCAAAAGGCUGGGCAUAGACGGAGACAGAGAAGCAAUCCCACUAACACUACAGAUCGCCUACAGCAAGACAGCCAUCAGUGGAAGAAGUCACUGGAAUGAUGUUGAGAAGGUCUGCACAUCCGUCAACCUUAGCAAAGCCUGCAAGAAGUAUGAAGAACUAGCCUCAAAGACAGAGUGUCUCAACUUAACCAUGACAGAGGUGGUCAAAAGGCAAAACUCCAAAUCCAAAAAAAGUUUCAAUCAGCAGAUCAGUGUGUCCCAGAUAAAAGUAGACAAGGUCCAGAUUAUUGGCGUCCAGUCCUCCUUCGCCGUGUGCCUGGACCAGGAUGAGCAGAAGAUCCUGCAGAGUGUAACCAGGUGUGAGAUCUCCGUGUGCUACAAACCCAGGGACAGCGACCCCUUUGCACUGAGAAGGUCCUCUUUGCCUGCCCAGGACCCCUCUGAGUUUCAUUCCCUCCUGUGUUUACCCAUUGCCACCUUCAGUGGACCACUGCCAUAGAAGAACCCUGUGUCCUUUCAGACCAGACUCCCAUCCAACACCAGUAUAGGCUCAGGAAAAGGCAGCAGACUGUCCUUUGGGCUGGAGACCCAGCCAUGCUUCUCCAAGACAUCCUGCAGCCGAAGCGUUAGCGUGGUGGCUGAGCUGCUCCUGGCCUGGGCUUGGCCCAGCCCUGGGGAAUGGGAACACUGGUGGUGUGCUCUGGUAUCUCUCAAGGUUCCUCAGCAAUGGAAGGCAAGUUGUUUCCCUGAGAUCUCCACUUGGAUCUGCAGACUGCCAACACCUGGAUUGAGAGGGCAAGCAAGGACAGUGGCAUUUUCCUGCCAGCAAAUGGUGCUGUGGCUGUAUUUGACAGUGACCAAGGCCAGUGCGAUCUGGGGGAGCUCAUGGAGGGGGGACAUUUUGGAAAAUGAAUGUCCUUGGCUGAGUGGUGGUAGGUGGCCUUCAAUGCAUGCAGAGUUGCGGCUCACCCAACUGAUAUCCUGAUGGCAUUUCACCCGUAACAGGUUGAGGAUGCUCAGGACGGUUCUGUGGGAAAGGGGGACAAGCUUUCUCAAGGUUUCCUUUAAAUGAUGACAGUUGGGUAUCUUGCAGAGAAACAGAGCAGAGCAGCCCAGCUGAUGCCCAGAAAGACCCCAGCACAAGCUGCUUGUGUUCCAGUGCAUUGAGUGCAACAGCCAUACCAGGGCCUGGACAGCUUGUCAUGUGUACGUGUACUUACAGUAGAUUCAGGACCUGCAGGAGAUGAACUUCCAAUUUCUGCAGAAUUUCAGAGUUCACCCAUGAGAUGUGGGCUGAACAGGGAGUACGUUCUCGCAUCCUGCUCCCUAGCACUGUAUGCUAGGGACAUCCCAGAGGCUGAAUCCUCAGUAGUUGCUUGAAAUAUGACAGGAACCACACUCAUACUCAUACUCAUAGGAGGGAGUAAGGGGAAACCACUAGGAUUGCCUUAAGGUCACCUGAAGAGGCAGCUUUGCUGGAGAAGUACCCAGCACCAAACCCACUAGUGACACUUGCAGACAGCAGCUGGAUUUGAGGUCCUCCCUCCCCUGCAAAAAGGUUUUCUGCCCUUUUCCUUCCCUCUGCAAGGCUGUAGGUACAGAAAGGUGCAAUAUUUGGGGGUAUUUAGAGCUGUUCUGAUCCCAUGAGCAAAAAAAAAAAAAAAAUGAGACUGGAAAAGCCUUGCCUGGUUUCAUAGCCCUCAAGCUGUUUCUCAGUAGUUGUCGGUGGUUGCACUAAUGACAGCAGGCAGAAGAGCAUGCUGCCUGCUGCAGGAUCUGAAUGCCAAGGGCAUGGGCUCCCUGGAAAUGUCUGGAAGGGACCCCUGCUACUGCUGGGGGGCUGCAGGGUUCAGCCACAGUGUGCUAGUUCAGUGUGGGUCCCUUGAUCCUCCAGAAAGCAGGACCUGGUCAGCUCUUAGCGCUAGUUAAGACAAGGUUGGGCUCUGUCCCCAAGGACUGGUGGCACAGCAGCAGUGUCAUUUGAGGUUAAAUCUACCAGGAAAAGUGUCAGAGCCCCUGGGGACUUCAGUUUUCUUGGAGGAGCAUGGGUCAGGUUUGCCUGCUGGAUUCUUCCGCAUUCCACCUGGAAAUGUUUGGGGGAUCCCUCCUGUGCCAUUGACUCCAGCCUUGGCCCUGCUGGCUGCUGGACCUGCUUUCUGUUCCUACUGCCUCUGUUGUUCAGGGACAGCUUGUUCUGGCCCCAGCAGUGAACAUCUUGGGUUAAGAAGGUGCUGGCUGGCUCUUUGGUGUCCACAGCAGCUUUGGAUGCAGCUUCUGCCACUGGCUAGAGACGAGCGAAAAAGAGAUGUGAACGUGCUCCCGAGACCUCUGCACUUCAUCCUUCUACUUGAAUAAACCACCCCAAGGGUGGUGUUGCCUUGCGGACUCAAAGACCCUCACACAGGGCAAAGCAUCACUUGAACGUAAGCUGGCUGUGCCUCCACCACAAUGCAAAGCCAGCUUGGACUCCUGGCAAGGACCCACUUCCCCCGGCCACGCAGCAGCUCCAGGAGCACCCAUCUUUUCCUACAUGCAUGGAGCAGUGUCCGUUCCUUGUUUGCAGCACGGACUUGGCAGGGACACCCAGAUGUGGCCAGGUUGUGGUGGGCUGUCUCCUCUCUCACGGGGUGCCUGUGGGCGAUGUGGGGGCGCACAGUGAGGUCGCGGCUGUGCACUCCUCCACAGCAGUAUUGCAAGUCCAGUAGGCUCGAGGGAUGAGAUCAGAUUUUAACAGCUCUUCGCAUGCGCUUGGAAAAAGUUUUCUCACUGACUUUUCAUUUCCCAAACAGGUUUGUGCGUGUCUUCUCAAAUGGGGCUGAAAUUUGACAGCUGGCUUUGUUGUUUUGGGGGUUUUUUUUGUUCAAUACUUUAAAAUAGCACCUUAUCCUGUGAAAACAUUGCUGUUUGUGAUCUUGAUAUCCGUGGCUAAAUAUAUCCUUGCCGCUGUUAAUGAUAUAAACCUCUUUUGUUUCAUCUGGCCCUGUAGAAAUCCUAGAGGAGAGGAUUUCCAUUUUCUAGAGAAAAACAAGCACAAACUCUAGGGACUCAUCAUCCCGGCUAGGGUUUUGACCUCUGAUGCUUUCUGGAAAUGAAAGAAGUCGGAGGUUCUUUCAGGUGAUCUUUGUACACGUGUGCAGCCUCACCAAAUCUGUGUCAUGUCUGUGCUGAGCUGUAAAAUACUGUUCAAAGAACUUUUAAAGUAAUUGUAAAAUAUUAAAUGUUGAUUUAUUUCGA